AUGGACCCCCGCAACUUUCAUCAGUUCGUGAUGCACAGAGUCGCCGAAAUUCUGGAAACAACACUGGUCGAGCAAUGGCGGUGGAUUCCUUCAAAGCUGAACGUAGCAGAUGGAGCUACCAAGGUCACCGGGCAAACCCAACAAGAGACGUGGAUAACGGGCCCGGAGUUUUUGAAGACCGAUGCGAGCCACUGGCCAAUAUCCAAGAAGCAGGAGAGCAUCAACGAUACCUCGGAGAUCCGGAAGCAUGUGAUGACGACGCAUUCGAAAUCAGUCGUUAUGUUCAACGCGCACGAUUUGUCAAAUUGGCGGCGGUUAUACAGAGCAGUGGCGCUAGUACUCCUGUUCAUUGAUCGGCUGCGAGCGAAAUGUGCCGGACGAGACAUGCCAGCAACCACGACAAUGGCUCAUGUGGGCAAGGCAAGGAUGCUGCUAUACAAGCAAUCUCAAUCCAUCGCCUUCGCAGCAGAACUGAAAACGUUAUCCGCGGGAACGGCGCUCAUCAAGGGAAGCAGAUUGGCCGGAUUGAACGCGUACCUGGACAACGAUGGAGUACUACAUGGAUGCCGGAUAACCAACCUCAUAGUUAGGAGCUUUCACGAAAAGUAUCACCAUCUCGCUCACGAAACUGUAAUAAACGACAUCAAAAAUUCGUUUUAUAUCAGCCGGCUACGAGUACUGCACAAAUCUGUGCGAAACACAUGCCAACGAUGCAAGAUCGACAGAGCAGUUCCCAGACCACCCCAGAUGGCACCGAUCCCGAGGGCAAGAGUUGGAAGCUUCGAGAGGCCGUUUACCUAUACAGGCGUUGACUAUUUUGGCCCGUUAUUGGUGAACGUCGGCCGGCGCAAAGAGAAGAGAUGGGUAGCUCUGUUCACCUGUCUUACGUUAUGCGCGGUGCAUUUUGAGAUCGCCCACAGUUUAGAUACAAGUUCAUGUAUCAUGUGCCUAGCCAAUUUUAUGGCCCUUCGAGGGACACCGAAGGAAAUAUUCUCUGACAACGGUACAAAUUUCAGAGCCACGGAAAAAGCCGUGCGCGAGGAGCUGAAAAAGAUCGAGCACGAUAAGAUCUCUAUUAAGUUCGACGGCAUAAAGUGGCGAUUCAACCCACCAGGACCACCGCACAUGGGUGGAGCAUGGGAGAGACUCGUCAGGACAACGAAAGGAAUCUUGAAGAACAUUUGCCCAAGUUACUCUUUCAACGACGAGGGGUUGAGAAACGCACUGAUGGAGGCGCAAUUUAUCAUCAACUCGCGACCUCUCACGUUCGUAAGUUUGGAUUCCGAGGAUGACGCUGCCCUGACUCCAAACCACCUGCUGCUAGGAUCAGCGAACGGAUACAAGCCGCUGCCAAAAGAGGGAAUGAAUCUGAAGCGUAGAUGGAACGAGCCUCAGCGCUUCGGAGACCGCUUUUGCCAACGAUGGGUUAAGGAAUAUGCACCCGUGUUAACCAGGCGCACCAAAUGGUUCGAGAAGGUGCCUCCAAUCACCAUCGGGAGCAUCGUCGUAGUCGUGGAUGAGCUUCUUCCCAGGAACCUGUGGCUAAAAGGACGCGUGACUGACGCAAUGAAGGCCAACGAUGGACAAGUUCGGCGGGUGACAAUCAAGACGCAGCAUGGUGCUAUAGAAAGACCAGCAACAAAGGUAGCAGUUCUGGACGUCGGCUUGGAGAAUGGUAACUGA